AGUUUUAAAUACCCUUUCAAGACUCCACCUCCUGGACACUAAUAUCUUAAGCUGUCCAUUUUGAGGCAUCAAACAGAACUUCCUGUUAAUGCUGAUGAUGGGAAGGCUGUGGCAUGUCCUGCUCCUGUGCUGGGCAUGGAGCCCUCUGUGUCUUUCAUCCCGUGUGAGCUUCAUUGGUACACCAGAGGAGUGCAAAAAGGCUCACUUUGUCCCUGGUUACAAUUUGGCUGGAGAAGGCUUUGACAUUGUGACGAUGGAAAGAAAAGGCGCCUAUGUCAUCGACACUGAAACGUGGAAACUUCAAGAUGGCACUUGCAGAAUGUACAGAAACAGCUACAUGAAUCAGGUAAAACAGAAGGUCCCUGCCGCCGUGCUGGACUGGAGAAUGUUCCCCAAGUGCAGUUUAUCAGUCUCCAGUACACUCUAUGAUUCUGCUGAAACGCUUGCUAAUGAUUCCACAUCAUCUGUGUCCAAUGACUGGAAAGUUGGCCUUGAUAUUCCUGUUUCUGGUAGCGUUGGACUUGGGCUUGGUUUUGGAGGCUCCCACUCCAAAGAAUCUACCUUCGCCAAGCAAAAGUCAAAACAAGAUCGUUACACUUUCUUUCGCCAUUCUGUCAAGUGUAACUUCUACAGUUACAGACUAAAAGCAAAUCCUCCACUGAGUCAUGAUUUUGAAUCGGUUGUGAAGGCCCUUCCUUAUUAUUCAUCUGCAACCAAGCAUUUAUACCGGAAUUUGGUUGAGACAUAUGGCACACAUUACAUCACACAAGUGUAUCUAGGAGGAGAAAUGAAGGCCGUCACUUCCAUCAAGACCUGUCAGGCGGCCAUGAAUGGCCUGUCAGCUACAGAUGUCAACGACUGUCUCACAGUGGAGGCCUCAGUUAAUUUCAUGAGCUCUGCCAGCAUUAAAACCAUGAACAAACAAUGCGAGGCAAUGAAAAGGAAGUUAAACCAUGGGCAAAGUUUCAGCAGUACAUUUAGUGAGCGAUUCACAGAGAUCAUUGGUGGACACAUUAACGGAGCUGAUAUCCUCUUUCAAGGGCAAUCAACAUCCGUUAUGACGGACUGGGUCAAGUCUCUUAAAUCCAUACCUGAUGUGGUCCGAUACAAUAUAAAGCCCAUGCACAUGAUUCUGCCAAGCAGCCAUUAUGCCAUUGCGGGACUGAAGCUAGAGGUGGAAAAGUACAUUAAGAAAAACGCAUUGAUGAAAAAAUGUUCCGAAACCUGUAAGAUUGGAUCCAGAUCCAGCAGAAGAGAUCCUUGCGCUUGUGUCUGUAAUGGUAAUAAAAAUAUCAAGUCGAACUGCUGUCCUGCUGGGAAAGGUCGUGCAACAUUGAAGGUGUUCAAUCUUUAUGCAAAGAAUCUAUAUGGAGACCAGUGUACUCAGACAGAUGGUUCAGUAGAGCUUAAAUAUGGUUACCAGAUAGGGCGCACUGCUAUUAUACCAAACAAUGAUAACCCCAGUUGGUCGGAGGUAUUUGAGUUUGGACCAAUCACUAUUAACACGAGAGACAAAUUGGUGUUAAAUGUAUACGACGAGGAUAGAUACUGGAACAGUGAUCAUCUUGGGCAGUGUCAGGUUAAACCACGCAAAGGCUGGUUUAAUUACAGCUGCAUGCUUAAUCACGGUACAUUAUUCUUUUCCUAUAAAGUAGAGUGUGCACCAAGCCUAGGUGGUGACUACUGUGACGAGUAUAUCCCCUCACCCAUGAGUCCCUCUUUGGCCAAAGUCUUUCAUACCAGAAAUGGUAUCCUCAUUGGAGAAACUGGUGAGCAGCAUGGCAAAUUAGUCAAGCCGGGACUUGAAGUAGGACAAAGGGAGACUAUGUGAUGCAUACAUUACUUUUAUAUUGUUGCUUCUCAUUUCUGCUUAACUGCUUAUCAUGUGGAACCAUUCCUGCCUCAUAUAGUAAUCGCAAAUAUAUUGCAAUAUUACUGCAUUCAUGUAUUCUUAUUAAAAAACGUGCCAGUAAAGCAGUCACAAAAACAACAUCGGUGUCUGUGCGUUUGCUUCAUUUGCGGUGAUGUUCAUUGACUUGAAAACAUUGUGAAAAGAUAAAUAAUAGAAAGAAGACCCAGGACUGUUGAGCAGCUAGAAUCUUGUAUGAGAAGUUCAAAAGACUCUGAGCUGGUCUCCUGAGUUCCCAGACAUUUACAGGCCGAUGUUAAAAAAGGGGGGUAAACGUGACCCUGUCUCAACUCUUUUUGCGAUAUGUUGCAUCAAAUUCAAAAUACCCUUGAAAUUUUUGUUUAUGUUUUCUGUUUUAUUAUGAACAAAAUAUGGGUUCAUGAGAUUUCAGAUGAUAACACUUUAUUUUUAUUUAGAUUUUACACAGCAUCACUUUUUUUUUUUUAGAAUUGGGGUUUUAUUUUUGCUUAAUUUAUUAAUGACAAACAUAUUUGUGACACUUUCAAAACCCAGUAUUCUUGUACUCUGUAAAACAACAUCAUUGCGUGCAUUUGCAUGUGUCUCUUGCAUUGUUCGUCCAAUAAAAUCUACAUUAUCUAUCUGAAU